ACUAUAUUUUUUAUCGCGGAGGGAUUGCACACGUGUAUUUGACCCAGAUAACGUCAGUCUUGUGGGGAAAGGAAGAAUAUGAAAUAAAUAGGAGCUUACGAUUUGUGAACAUUUUAUUCUACAGAGUUCUGUAGUGAUUGACAUGUCGUGGUUUCCUGAGAAGAAGAGUGGCCAGAGCUGGAUACACCGGGUAUGUCAAAGAAUUCUGAAGAAUGGCCCCAUACCAAAGCAUGUAGCUUUCAUUAUGGACGGCAACAGGAGGUUUGCUGUAAAGAAUCACAUGGAGCGUGCUGAGGGCCACUUCAGGGGAUUUGAUAAACUCUCAGAGACUUUAGAAUGGUGUUUAGAUAUUGGGAUCACGGAAGUUACUGUGUACGCCUUUAGCAUUGAAAACUUCAAGCGGUCCAAAGAUGAGGUAGACUGUUUGAUGGAACUAGCCAGGCAAAAAUUUACCCGCCUCAUGCAGGAAAAGGAGCUCAUCCAGAAACACCAGGUGUGCGUCCGUGUGUUGGGUAACCUGAGUCUGUUGCCACUGGAUAUACAGGAAGUUAUUGCAGACUGUGUCCAAUUCUCCAAGGACAAUGAAAGGGCAGUGUUGAAUGUGUGCUUUUCCUACACUUCUCGAGAGGAAAUAUGUGCAGCCAUGCGUGAAAUAGCUGAGGGAGUUCAGCUGGGUCUUAUCAAGGACAGUGAUGUCUCAGAGGACCUGAUGGAGAAAUGUCUGUACACCUCCCAAUCUCCCCACCCAGACCUCCUGAUCAGAACCUCGGGAGAGGUCCGGCUCAGCGAUUUCCUCCUCUGGCAGACAAGCUUCAGUUGUUUGUCCUUUGUGGAGGUUUUAUGGCCAGAAUUCAGUAUCUGGCAUUUAUAUGGUGCUAUCCUUCAUUACCAGAGGAACUAUCCAGCCAUUCAGCGUGCAAUAGACUCGGCCAUGUCAGACCGAGAGAGGCGACAACGAGAAUCGGACUGUAGCUGUGUGUUAUCGGAUCAUAAAUCUAGUGACCAAUCGAACUAUUCAAUGACCGAGCAAAUUUUACAAUAUGCCAAACACAGGGAAGCCAGACUUGAACAGUUUUUACAACACGUGAAUUCCAAAAGACUCUGCUACUUCAAGGAAUUAGUCAGUAGACACAAAACAACUGGAGUUUGACAAGAAAUGUUGUUAAUAUUAAAUUGCAUUCAUUAUGUGUUCUUUUCCUCAUAUGUCACUGUUCUAAUGUCCUGAUGUAAUCAAGACUACAAUCACUUACUUUCAGAAUGAUUGUAAUUGGAAGGUCAUUUUGAUACAUAAAUGAAUUCUUUACUUUUAAAUUUUCAUUAUUCUUAUAAAUUUUAGAGAGAUCAUAUUUUGGAUUCUAGUAUAUUAUGUUUAGAUAAUAGCAAAGUUUGAAUAUUGGUCCGAAGAGAGUUAUCUUUCUUGCAAAAAUUCAUAUUCAGAAUGCAGACAUUUAGGUAUUAGAAAUUAGGCAUCAUCAUGAUGCUAAACUGCUAGUUCAGUCAAAAUUAUCAUCCUGCCGAAAAAAACCUUGCUAUAUGGUAUUUUGUUUUUAAUAGCCACUUUGUUAUACUGUUCUUCCAAUCAUUGUCUGUAGUAGAUUUUUUGUUGCAAGUUUGGGAUACCUUAUUAAUGUUUAAAAAUAAAACAGCCACAAAAUAUGGCUGUAUUCAGAAGGUGAUAAAUAUUAAUUUUAAAGUAUUUUUAGCAUAACAUUCAUUUGUAGGUUGUUCUUUUGGGGGGUGGGGGGGGGGUGAAAAUUGUGAAUUGUAAAUUUCUAUCUGUAAAGAAUGUGUCUUUCAGAAAGAAAUGAUAAUGGUGACAGUGAAGUAUAGUGGCAGUAAUAAAUAUUAUUGAAAAUAUAUAUUUUGUAAUGCUUGCGUGUUUACUUGUGUACAUUCCUCCAUUGGAAUUCUAGUCCUAGAUGUUAGUUAUACAGAUCUUAUUCAUAUACAUAAGCUCCUAUACAUGUACAGCCUAACUAUUAUGAUUGAGAGAAGAAAUAAAUGAUUGUUAUGUAUAUAGUUAA